AUGCCCAAUUGUCCCAACUGCCGCACAGAACUCGAAUACCCGACGCCGUCUCCAUCAACACCUCUUGCAUCCAUACAGGUCCAAUGCUUUAUCUGUCGUGGUCUAUUUGCCGUCCAGCAACCGCCGCCACAAGCCCAGUCGCCUCCGCCGCGUAACAAGAACAGAACACGCAAGAUUGGCACUCAGGACAACCCGCUAGAGACCGGCUACUACGAUAUACUCGGUGUACCCAUCAAUGCGACCCCAGACGAUAUCAAAAAGGCUUACCGGAGACUAGCGAUCAAGCUUCAUCCAGACAAGAACCCCGGAGACCCACAAGCCGAAUCAAGGUUCAAAGAGCUCGCUAUCGCCUAUCAGACGCUGAGCGAUCCCGUCCUGAGGAAAAAGUACAACGAGUUUGGACCAAAGGAGAGUGCUCCAGAAGGCGGCUAUGUCGAUCCCGAAGAGAUAUUCGGCACAAUCUUUGGCGGCGAAAAGUUUGUCCCCAUCUUCGGUCAUAUAUCCCUGGCACGUGAUAUGAAGACGGCAUUGCAAGAAGACGACGACGACCAAGGGACGGUUGCAUCCACGAGCGCACCCGGCUCAAACGGCGCACCCGCCAAGGUUCUCUCGCCUGAAGAAAAAGCAAAGAAGCUCCAAAGAGAACAGAAGAUUCUCGCAGAGAAAGCGGCUGAACGCGAAGCGCGAGUAGCGACGCUUGUCGUCAAUCUAGAGAAUAGGCUCAGUGUGUUUGCCGAAUCAGCCACUUCGCCCCACGACGCACCCGUCGUCAAUUCUUGGCGACAGAAAUGCGCGUAUGAAGCUGAAGAGCUCCGUUCAGAGUCGUUUGGUGUCGAGCUUCUUCAUGCGAUUGGGUUUGUGUACGUGAGCAAAGCGCGACAUUUCAUCGCGAGCUCGCAGAGUAUCUGGGGUGUUGGUGGAUGGCUGCAUGGCGUGCAGAAUAAAUAUCACGUCUUUACUGAAACAGUCUCGACUGUGCGAGCUGCUCUCGAGGUCAAGCAAGUCUUCGAACAGCUUGCCGAAGCGGAAAAGGGUGGCGUUACGCCUGAGCAAAAGAGGAAGCUCGAGGAACAGGCAGCCGAAAAGGGCAUGCAAGCGUUGUUCAAGGGUGCAAAACUCGAGAUUGAAUCGGUGCUACGAGAGACGUGCGACAAAGUCCUCAGUCCAGAACCUCCUAUCCCGCAGCACAAGGCCAUCUUGCGCGCUACGGCAUUGGAGAUUCUGGGUGAAGCAUUUUUGGCUGUAAAGAAGGAUGGUCGGUCAGAUUUGCUCGAUGAAGAGUAUGUCCGGGUCGAGACGGGUCCGAGCAAGGCGCGCGAGCGCAAGGAGAGUACCGCCGGGCAAUGGGGACGACCAUGA